GGCGGGGCGUUGCCAGUGCGUGGACUUAUGUUCAGCAGCUGUUGAAAUCAGCUGGAGAGGGGCUUCCCUGAGCCGGCCGCCAUCUUCAAUUUGUGCUGAUAUUGUCGCGUUGUAUUACCUCCAAGAAAGGGAAUUAUCACCCUCAGGCCCAAAGAAGGCCUAGAGACCCUAUCACCGUUCGACACCUCUUUACUUAGCAACUUCUUUCUUUCUAUCGCGUUUUGUGCGUGUGAGGGAUGUCAGCCAUGAAUCCGGAAUAUGACUACUUGUUCAAGCUGCUCCUGAUUGGUGACUCUGGUGUUGGAAAGUCUUGUCUGCUACUCCGGUUUGCUGAUGAUACAUACACUGAAAGCUACAUAAGUACAAUUGGUGUUGACUUCAAAAUCCGGACCAUAGAAUUAGAGGGUAAAACCAUCAAGUUACAGAUUUGGGAUACAGCAGGACAAGAGCGAUUCAGGACCAUCACUUCCAGUUACUACAGAGGAGCACAUGGGAUUAUUAUUGUGUAUGAUGUCACAGACCAGGAUUCCUUCAAUAAUGUUAAACAGUGGUUGGAGGAAAUAGCUCGCUAUGCCAGUGAAAACGUGAACAAAUUAUUAGUAGGAAAUAAAUGUGAUUUGACCACUAAAAAAGUAGUAGAUUAUACUACAGCUAAGGAGUAUGCUGAUUCUCUCCAAAUUCCAUUCUUGGAAACCAGUGCAAAAAAUGCCACUAAUGUUGAACAGGCCUUUGUGACAAUGGCUGCUGAAAUCAAGAAUCGCAUGGGCACAGGUCCUACACACAAUGAUGAGAAGUCUAAUGUCCGAAUCCAGAGCACUCCAUUAAAGCAAGGCAGUGGUGGAGGUGGCUGCUGCUAAGGGCGUUAGUCCAGCAGAGACAGAUCUGUUCCUGUGCACAAUAAAGUUAAACUUCAACUGCAUUCGUCUCCUGACCAGUAAUGGUUUUAACAUGAUGGCCCACUUGAUUUGACAAUUUUUGGCAGACUUUAUGCCCAAAAUGGACUUGACCAAUUGAAACUCCAGGUAAAAUUGUCUUAAACUGUUGCCUUGAAUGGUCUUGUGUACUACUGUUUUGAAACACUUGGAUUGUGACACUUUUUUGUAGUAGUCAAUUUGCCUUCCUAUCACAUCUUGUCUCCCAAAAAGGGUUUUGUGGAUUGGGGUCAAAACUAACCAGAACAUCUGAUAGCAACAUUUGAAGUUCAGCUGCACUAAAUAUUGCACAUCAGCAUCCCAUCCUUACUGGGCAUGGUAGUUGUGGAAUUGGGUGAAAGAAGUCCCAAUUUGUAAAAUCUGGCUUAAAUUAUUAAACUUUAAGUAUUUGGAAAUCAGUCCUGAGAUUAAAUAAACUCUGAAUUUUAGCCAUAAUUUUAUCUUGCCCUUAAAUUUCCCUCACUGCACUUCUACCUAACAAAUUAAUCCUGCCCUGUAACAACAAGUUCAGUUGACACUAUUCUAAAAUGGAGCCAUCAAGCUACAACUAUGGCAACAGGUCACAAUCUUUGCUUUUGAAUUCUGUUACUCCCCUCAUCACACAACUGGAUGACAUUUCAAUCUGCCCUGAUGUCACUGCUGUUUUGCUCAUUUUGCAGGAAACAAAUCUAAGAUUCACUUGGUUGUUCAAGAUUCAUUUGGGCUAAUCUGAGUUGCAAGAUCUUUUAAACAAUAGUUGACGACUAUUUUUAGAUGAUGCACAAGUUGUGGACUAGAUUGGCAAAUGGGUCAGUGCUGUCCUCACUGAAGUGAGUACUAAAUUUAUUUGAUCAUGAUUUGAAGAUUACCAGUAUUGACAAUGGAAAUCUGGAUGCUUGGUCUGAGCUCAAACUAGAUGGAAUUGUUUAAAACCAAUUUCUUGGCCAUUGAUCCAACCAGUUUGGCAAGUCUGAGCAUGUAGCAUAACUUUCUUAAGCCAUUAUCUCUAGUAAAUUGACUAGCUUCUUCGAAUCUCUGAAUUUGUAACACUCCCAGCAAACUGUUAUAACAGUCUCUAGACACUUGUCAAUCUUGAGGCUAAAAGAUAAAUAGGCUGGCAAUUUGACAGCUUUAAACUGGCAAUCAGUAACAGCUACCUGAAAUGCAUUCCUUUCACUUAGACCAGAUUGGAAGUAGUGUCUAUAAUGGACCUUCUUUCUCUGCAUCCUGUGGGGUACUACUUGUCUGAACAACUAAAGUUGGAAACAAUGUAAUUUUCCCAUGAAGCGAUGUGAUCUCCAAUUAUCUACUGCCUCAAUUAGUGCUGCAGAAAGGCUAGUUUUGUGCAAAUGUAAAUAUUGCAGUGACCCAGUUUGUAAUCUCUGAACAUAAGGAAUUUUUGCCUGUCAGUUCAAACAUGGAUACAAAUAGAUUAAAAUCCUAAUGGGCAAAAGGCCCGUUCAUCCAGUAGUCAGUUUCCAGACAUUACUGGUUAUAAAGUAGUUUUCAUUGGUCUUAAUUGUUUUAGGCUAUAACUAAAGCUAAAUGUUUACCAUUCAGUAAGAGUAUUGUCAACUAAUUUUGGUAUCUUGUAUGCUGUGACUUUAAUUUUUCUUCUCUGCUUUAUCCAUUCCUUUCUCUAUGACCCUCAUUCUAACCAAAUAGCACAGUUUCUAAACUCUAGAUGGUGUAGCAAUGGCUGAUUUGCCUAAUUCCUAAUCCAUUAAGUUAAAGCAUGUUCUGCAAGUGCUAAGCACAAAUGAUCUGGCUAGUUAGUCCUUGUUCUGUUGGAUUGAUUUAAAAGCAGCCCUUUUAUUUUCUAAGUAGAUUUUCCAAAGCAGUUAGAAAUGUGAUUUCUGUGGAUCAGGUUUCCAGUUGCUGCAAUUGGAGCUCUUUGUUAAAGCUUGUGCUGAAGCACACUAUUCCAAUUGCUUUCUUCUAUAGGGAGUCUAUUUCUCAGUAUCUACACUUGUAUUUCUCUCCAUCUGCUAUAAUGCUGCCACUUUCCUAAUGUCACUUUCAAACUUGCCUCAUGAUUUUAACCUCUUUGGGGGUAAACUAGUUACCCUAUAACUGACUCACUAGUCUGAGAACUGAGCCUCCACUUUGCAUUUAAUUUAAAUCAGCUUAACUUUAAUUUAAAUUUCAAUUGUGAAACUUUCCACUGGAAAAAUGAAGUAUACAACUCCUUCCAGAUUCCAAAUGAGAUUUGUUCUGUAGUAAGUCUUCUACACGUAGCCUGAAAUUUUGAGUUGACCAUUCCAAUGGGACACAAGUAGGGCCUUGGAACAGUUCUCAACUGAACUCCAUGUUUUGUUACGUAAAGUAAUGUCAUUCUUUCUUCCUCCUUGAACUACUUAAACUAUAUUCUGCAUGUUUCUAGAAUAGUGGUGGUUUUGUUGGCUCUUUAAGGAUGUUUACAAACUUGCAAUGUUUUAAUCGAAGUUUUGGGCUAAUUUUGCUGUUCUGACACCUGAAUGUCAACAUGCCAGAGCCACAUCUAAAAUUUUUUAAUGUAAAUCUGAAUUGCAGCUUUGAUCACUUUGCAAAGAUUAAUCAGUCAGUAGUAACAAAUGGCUCCUGUAUUUUAAGAGCACUUUCUAGUUCUGGUUUUGACCCUUGCUUUCACAACACUCACUACAGUCUUAUGAAUAGCUAGCAAUCCCAAAUGCACUAAUUUAAAAUGAAGUAUUAAAUACCAUACUAGCUAGUAUCUCUAUUGGGCAAAUGCUAAGUCAGUUAACACUAAUCCAUUUCUUGCUAUUUGCAUUGCUGUAAAUCUAAGCAGUCAUUUGAGUCAGUAUUGGGAAUGAUACCAAGGUCAAAUACCAAUCAUUUUCUCAGUCCUAGGUUGACUAAUACUGGUAGUCCUGGUAUUUUAAACUUAUCCCCAAAUCUUUCUAGAGUGUGCAAUCUUAACUGUCCUCUAGUAGUAUUCACUUCCUUUUUUACUUUUCCAAGGAAUUUGCCUUUCUUCAAGAAAGCAACAGCACUGACCUUACGGAGUUAUUUAAUGUUAACAUCCUAAAUAGAGACUGUAAGGUUAAUUUUAAUUAAGAUUAACCCAACUCAAAGUGAAUGAACAGAAGGGAUGGCCUGAAACUUUGAAUUUCUAUUUGGGUAUUUAGCUUAGCAUUUAAUGUCAAACUAAAUCCUUGCAUGAUCAAAUUUCUCAUGAUUUUAUUGUCAAGGCUCUGUACUGAUUACUAGCUUCACAGCCAGCCAACUGAACAAAUGGUUUAUCCUCUGCCAUUUAACCUGUGGUAAAUGCAUAACCAAAUUCAAAGCUACCAAAGUACAAUAUGCAGAAUACUCCAGUAGGUGACUGGCCAUCCUGGUUGGUUUGGAAUAGCUACCAAAAUCAGUUGCUGGUGGUGAUCUAAAGAGGAAUAAACUUAAGCAACCUUUCCCUUGGUACUGUAGUGACUGAGCACCUUGUUGCAAUGCUGGCCAACACUUGACACUAUGGAUUUUAUUUCCCUCAUCUUCUCUCUUACCACAAAAUAGGACAGAAUUUAAGUGAAUAGUCUGUUUGUACUUGAUCUGUAUGAUUUGUUCCGAUUCUCUUGAAUAAGAUGGUGACCAACUUUCUUGGAUUUCUUGUUGAUGCUGUCUGAUCAAAAAUAAAGUCAACUUUCCCUCAA